GUCCACUAUCCAUACACAAUCCAGUGUAUAUUACAUUUACACCUAGCCUAAGCUAAACAAAUUGCCACAACACCACACGUAGUGCUGUUGUAUAUACGUUCGCGUUCGAUUUUUGCGACAAAUCAACGUAAACAAAAUCCACCGCAAAAACUACGCGCCGAACUAUCGCAAUUACUAUGUAAAUACCACCCAAACACGCAGAAUCACCACGAAAACACAAAUUCCGAACGAAAAAUGGGAGCUGAAAGUGCCAAUAAUCUUAAAUACAUCAGCCUUGUAACACUCACAGUGCAGAAUGCACUCCUGGGACUGAGCAUGAGAUAUGCAAGAACAAGAGAUGGUGAUAUGUUUCUAUCCUCAACAGCUGUAUUAAUGUCCGAACUAGUAAAACUCGUCACAUGUCUAGCUAUAGUCUAUGUGCAAGCUGAUGGUGUUGAUGGCUUAUUAAAAGCAAUAAAAACCAACAUAAUUCAACAACCAAAAGACACUCUAAAGGUCUGUGUGCCAUCAUUUGUCUAUGUCAUACAAAACAACCUCCUGUAUCUUUCUGCAAGUCAUUUAGAUGCUGCAACCUACCAGGUAUCAUACCAACUGAAAAUCCUCACAACAGCAAUGUUUGCCGUGUUUAUUCUACGCAAACAACUCUUAAAAACCCAAUGGAUGUCUUUACUAACACUUGUCUUGGGAAUUGUCUUAGUACAACUUGCACACACAGAUGGCGGGCAUUCUGCAAGUGUUAAUGGACAAGAACAAAACCGUUUUCUUGGUUUCUCAGCAGCAUUAGCCGCAUGCGUCUUAUCUGGUUUCGCAGGGAUUUAUUUCGAAAUGUUAAAAGGAAGCGAUGUUACAGUCUGGAUGCGUAACAUCCAGCUCUCAUUAUGUUCAAUCCCAUUCGGAUUAUUAACUUGCUUCGUCUCCGAUGGCCACAUCAUCAAUCAACGUGGUUUUUUCUUCGGAUACGAUCGUUUCGUGCAAUAUUUAAUCAUUUUACAAGCUUGUGGAGGUUUAAUCGUCGCGUUGGUUGUAAAAUACGCUGAUAAUAUCCUCAAAGGAUUCGCCACUUCACUCGCGAUUGUAAUAUCCUGUGUGGCAUCAAUGUAUUUGUUUGAUUUUGUGCUAACAUUUCAAUUCGCGUUGGGCGCCGGUUUCGUAAUAUUUUCGAUAUUUCUCUACGGAUAUGUCCCGAAAACGCAUGGUAUUAGCGGCAUGAAAGUCUAACUCAAGUAUUACGGAUUAAGACAUUAAAAUUGGUGCUAUCUAGACGUGUUUGCAGGAGAAGGAGAGGAUCCAAAUCGAAAAUAUCUCAUUUUAAUGUUGGACUUUUAUACCAGAGUCUUAUCAGUAUGUAUAUCAUAGGAUUAAAUUAAUUUUCUACUUAAAA